UCCUACCUUUUGAAUAUGUAUAAAGGGGGCGUUACAGAUGGGGCGAGCGUAUAUAAGCCAAGUUUUUCGCCAUCACCUUCCUCACAUCUACUGCCGGUAAAUCGAGAAGUGUACGAGAGGCUUAAUUCCUGCAACGCAAGAAUGUCAGACGAAGGGAAGCUUUUUGUUGGUGGCCUGAGCUUUGACACCAAUGAACAGUCUCUGGAAGAUGUCUUUUCAAAGUAUGGACAAAUCACUGAAGUUGUUGUAAUCAAGGACAGAGAAAGUCAGAAGUCCAGAGGCUUUGGCUUCAUCACCUUUGAGAAUCCAGAUGAUGCCAAGGAUGCCAUGUUGGCCAUGAAUGGCAAGUCACUUGAUGGAAGACAGAUCCGCGUUGACCAGGCCGGGAAGUCUGGUGGUGGGAGCAGGCCCGGGGGAGGAUACAGAGGUGGUUCCUCAGGUGGUAGAGGAGGAGGUGGAUACUUCCGUGGUGGCAGAGGGGGUGGUGGAAGAGGUGGGCGUGGCUUCUCACGAGGUGGAGGUGAGCGUGGAUAUGGUGCCGGCCGUUAUGACAGAAGUGGUGGUGGUGGUGGAUACUACAACAGAGACCGAGCACAAGGAGGCGGAUACGGAGAUCGUUCAGGAGGUGACGAGGGAGGCUGGUAGAGAGGCAGAAGUGGAUGCUUGCUGUCUGGGCCCAGCCCCACCCACCCCGACCCUGCCGACCCGGUCCUGAACCCCACAGCCGGGCCCGGUCCCGGCCCACAGCUUGCUCUCACCCAACACUUUAAUAUUUUCUUCUGAAACGGACUAUGUAGAUACGAGCAGUCCUGGAUAAGUGCGGGAAGGCUGGCUCGUAUGUUGAGCCGCCCAGACCGGUCUCUUCCAAGUUUUGUUAUUUGAAAGUUUUUGUUUUUUUGUUUUGGUUUUUUUUUUUUUUUUUGGUUUUUUCUUUCUCUUCCUCAAAAGUUUCUUUACAGGUUGGGGCCACUAGCUGUAGUUGUCAGUUUGAUGAUGGCUAUCGUUAAAGUUGUGCUGAUCUCAAAAGAAGCACAGCCGGGGGUGAGAUGGGUAAUGCUUCCUUGCGGCUCUUUUCACUUCGUAAUGACAUGUUAAAGCAAAGCUUCAUCCUCUUUUUAUAGCGACCCUGUGAAUGACACUCAGUAUGUAGGGGUCAAAAAGUUUCACAGCUGUUUUUCGAACAUAAGUGAAACAUUACCCUGUUAAAUCGAACUGUUAAAGAAGGGAAGUAACUCGGUGAGGUCAGGAGUUCUUUUGAGAGUCUGCUUACAAGUACAGUCUCCACCUGUUAGGAUUGACUGGCCAGUUGUAUGUUGGUGUUUUAAUUUUAUUCUAGUUUAAAGGGUAAACUUGUACAACAUGCAAUUGCAAGUGCAACGGUUUUUUUUGCAAGGCAGAUCUGUUCAAAACAAAGUGUUUCAAAACUUUAUCAGUGGUAUUGUGUGGAAACCGAUUCGACCAGUUUGUCAGAUUUGUUUUAUAUUUGUUUUUUUUAAUGUUCUGUACCAUCAUGGUUGUAUCUUUUCUUAAAUAAAUGUAAAACUACCAAUA